AUUAAAAGAAUUUACGUUAAACGCAAGAGUAGCCACAAUUCAACUUAACCAAAGAUUUUAUAUAGGUUAUAUCAAUUCAUGAAGUAAAAACGUAUAAAUAACUGGUUCUACUGAAAGAAAAUAUGUCUAAUAGUCAACUGUUUCUGAAGCCUGGAUUCAUAAAUGUCCCCUUACAAAAUGGGGUAGGUCGAUAUGUUAUUCAGCUCCAAAGGGUAGUGCUUAAAUUUUGUAAAAAUAAUGGAUCUAGUAGAGGAAUGAGAGAAUUUAUUGAAUAUGACUUGAUGAAUUUUGCCAAAGAAAAUCCAGGAAUUGUGGUUUAUUUAAAACCUCGAAGACAUCGAACUGCAGUGAUGAAGGCUGAAUAUUUGAAUGGGGACCAACAAUGGCUAAGCUGUAGAAAUUUCACCAGGGAAGAAAUAAUGAAAUGGUUGAAUCUAUUCAAAACUCAGCAGAAAAAUCACACAGGCACAAGAAUUCGUAAACUUUUUCAUACCGAUCAUCCUUCUAUACAAGGACCAUGGACACCCUUCACUUUUCGAAACCCUGCAUUAAACUUGGCUGUCUUUCCAAAUGAAAAAUUAUCAGAACCUGAGAAUUUGGAUAAAAGUAGUGUUGAUGAAUUGGUGGAGUUAUUUAAAAAACAGAAGCUUGAAGAAUUAGAGAAUGCAAGAGCAACAAAUUAGGGCAUUCGCUUUAUAUUUAAGGUAGUUCAACUAGGUAAUAAACAAUGUGAAAUUAAAUAAAUAAGUUUUUUUAUUC